ACAAGCAAGAACUGUAAUCGCAGGUUCCAGAAACAGAAGCGCAACAAGCAGUGGCUUGCAAAACCGGAAAUGCAUUUGAAGCGCAUAUAAUUGCUAAGUGCUUACCUGUUUUGGUCAAAGGUCGCUUGUUUUCUAACAACAAGCCCGGUCAGGGUAUUCGGUGUGGAGAAGUCAGGACUGAAUUAAUUGUGUGUCUACGACUGAGCAGAAUGAACAUCUUCUUGGAGACCCUCUGUACGCUAGUGCUCUGGCUGUAUUUCAGUCUAGAAGCUCUGGUGAAGCUUGUCUUGCCGGCACGGAAGAAGAAUGUGAGCGGGGAGAUUGUGCUGAUCACGGGCGCGGGCAGCGGUAUCGGACGCCUUGUGGCCCUCCAGUUCGCCCGGCUGCAAACUGUGCUCGUCCUCUGGGACAUCGACGCGGAGGGCAACCAGGAAACGGCGCGGUUGGCCCGAGAGCAAGGCGCCUCCAGGGUCCAUACCUAUCUGUGUGACUGCAGCAAGAGGACAUCCGUGUACGAUGUAGCUGCCAAGGUCGGGAAAAUGCAUCCCCUCCGAGAACCAAGAAUGAACAGUUGUCUUGUUUCCCGGAGUGUGUUUUUUUUUUGUGCAUUGGUAGAGAAGGUGAAGCGGGAAGUUGGGGAUGUUAGUAUUCUGAUAAACAAUGCAGGCAUUGUUACUGGAAGGAAAUUCCUUGAUUCACCAGAUGACUUAUUGGAAAAAACCGUGGCAGUGAAUACACUUGCACACUUUUGGACCUACAAAGCAUUCCUGCCUGCAAUGAUUGCCAGUAACCAUGGCCAUCUGGUUAGCAUUGCCAGUUCAGCAGGCUACUUUCCAGUAAAUGGAUUGGCAGAUUAUUGUUCAAGCAAGAUGGCAGCAAUUGGUUUUGCUGAAUCUAUUGCACUAGAAUUGCUUGCUUCAGAAAAAAAUGGAAUCAAAACGACCAUUGUUUGUCCAUACUUCGUAAACACUGGCAUGUUUGAUGGAUGUAAAACCAAGUGGCCAAAUUUUAUUCCUAUUUUGAAUCAACACUAUGUUGCCAAGAGGAUUACAGAUGCUAUUUUACAGGAACAAGUAUACCUUGUGAUGCCACGGAGCCUGGUUUUCAUGCUUGCUAUUAAGAACCUUCUUCCAAUGAAAGUUGGAACUCUUUUUGGACGGUACUUUGGCAUUUUUGAAAUGGUGGAUGAUUUUAAGGGACGCGUUAAGAAAGAUUGAUGUGAUCGUCAGCAGUAAGCUAAAAGUAACUGCUUUAUGUUUGGAAGGAAAUUGUGCAGUAAAAUAUCAUUGCAAUAUAUUGAUGUUAUUUUACCAUGCUAUAAUUGCACCAACUUAAAAUAUUAAUUGCAAUUCAAAAUCAAUGUUUACAGAUAAUUUCAAGUUUGUGGGAAAACAAUAAUCUUAUUACAGAAUAUUAGGCAAUGAAGUCUCAUUUUAUAAGUAAAUCUUAAUAAAGUAACACAUUGAGAAAAUCUGUAACUUGGCUGUAUUUUUGUAGCCUUUUGUGCUUUGUUAAGCUGAGGAAAUAGUUUCAUUUUAACAAUGAUAACAGUUUAAAAUCAGAAAACUGGAAUAUAAGCACAAAAUAAUAAAAUGUUAAAUGAAUGAGAAAUUCAGAUGGAGUUACUUGUUAAUUACUAUGCAGAGGAAGGGAAUUUGAGAUUGAACUCCCUUUCCUUCAAAAGGCAUGACGUUCUAUUGUAUAAAACUAUUUUGCCCCAGUAGUUAAAAUGGCUGGCCAAAAAAACAUGUAUUUUGAAUAAAAAUUUGUGAAUGUAA